CAAUAACCCACUCUCUGUCCUUGACAGCCGGAAGGAGUAGAAGAAGAAGGUAAAAUGGCGGCCGCCGCAGUGAGGAGUAUCGGCUCCAGUUUGGGUAAAAACCUCCGAGAGAUCCGCGUCCACCUCUGCCAGAAGUCCGCGGCCAGUCAGGGGGCCAGAGACUUUGUGGAGCAGCACUAUGUGGCUCUGAAGAAGUCCAACCCAGACUUCCCCAUCAGGAUCAGAGAGUGUUCUGGAGUCCAGGCCAGAGUCUGGGCCCGAUACGAUUUCGGGAAAGAGAGGAGCGUCUCCGUGGACAACAUGUCAGCUGAUCAGGUGGCCGGCGCUCUGCAGACUCUGGUUCAGUCCAAACCCUGACUGCCCCCCCCCCCCCGCCCGUGCUGAAGUGGUUCAGUCCAAACUUCUUCAUUCAGUCUGUAAAUGUGUUGAUAUGAAAAAUAAACCUCUGUGAUGAACGUC